AUUGGUGCGCGACUGGGUCGAUGGCUGGGUAGCCUGCAUGUUGCCGGUAUCAACCUGGGCCCCGACGGAUGGAGCUCCCAUCAUAAUGAGCUGGACAAGUUCUACAUACCUGGUGGUCUGGCGGAAAAAGCCAUCAAAGGCGCCAUGAACGACGAAGAGUCGGAAAAGGUGCUAACAGCAAUGCGCGCACCCGCUCCUAUCCAUACGCUGACGCCUUGGGACUUUCGGCCUAUGAACAUCGUGGUACGUGUUCCCGAGGACAAGGGGGUGGUUUCGGAUCUUGCGGUCGUGGACUGGGAGUUAUGUCACUACGGUGAUCCCUCUAACGAUGUUCGCAUGUGGUUUGCUGAAGUUGUCAUACUGGAGGCAAAGUUUGGCAAUAGGGGCUUGCUCUCGUCGUUUUUGUCGGCAUAUAAGCAACGGGUCAGUAGUGCUGUCGUAGACGAAUCAUUUGUGUCCAGAGUUGCUCUGAGUGCCGGCAUCUAUAUGCUGUGGCUUAUUCCCAUCAACCCUCGGGUUUGGGAUUGCACAGAGGAAGAUGUGGAAUCUUGGAAGAGAACAAGCCUAGACUAUAUCAGGGCAGGCGCAAAUGAAGAUGUCGCCUGGCUGAGACAAAGCUGCUUGGGGCCUUUAUUGGCAUGA